GAGUGCGGCGGCACCAGAGGGUUCCUGUGUGUCGGGGCCGCGGAGGGCAGUGUCGGUGUCGGGGGUUUGACCCCCAACGAGUUCCAGUGCGUCAGCGGCCGAGAGAACGCCGAGGACUGGGAGCGCAGCGUCAGACACCGAGAGGUAAAAGUCUCAAGUGGUUGAUGGCUAGAGGAAUCCUGCGAGUUCAUCCGUCCACUUGUGACUGGAUUGGUUGUCAAGUUUUCCUGCCCUUGGACCAUGAUUGUCUAGUAGAGCAGCACCCUGCCUAUCAAAGCUACUCCUUCGUACAAGGAGAGCAUCCCUCAUUGGAUGGAGAUUGGACGGAUGGGAAACAGAAGGAGUAUGUCUGGCAUUCAGACUGGAACCACAGAAGCCUUUUAGACGCAAAACCUCAUCAGUUUAAGGGACAAAGUGGACUAGAAGAGGAGGUGCAGAGCCAUUUUUGCAGGCAUAGACUUGAAAGUUUGCAAGAAAAAACUGAAAAAGACCAAACGUGGGAACCUGCGAAUCUGGGCGAAAUCAUGACCCCAAGAGAACAUUUCCGCAAGAUGUCGGUGCUGAAUGAACAGGGCGCAUUGGAUGACAAGCAGCACCACCACCUCUACCAACUAGCUAAUGGACUCGGGGCAGGUGGACCUCAAGAUAUUCGGCACCGUCAGGAGAUGCUGAUGAGGAAUCAAAUGAUGGUCAUGAACCCUCACUCUCAAAUAAUAGGGUCUGGACAGCAGAGAUUGCAGGCACUUCCUUCACAGUUUGAACCACGUUUUUUGGAGAGGGAGCUCCUACCCUCCUCUGAAAUGCUUCCUUCAGCUGAUGCACGGCAGAUGCACCUGAGCUCCCAACUAGGACCGCCAGUCCAGACGCACACAAACACCUUACCUAAUUGUGCCUACCCAGGAGCAGGGUAUAGCUUUUUGCAGCCUAAUGCUAUGGAUUCUCUCACCAGACGCCAAGAACUGAUCCACAAGCAAAAUCUAGCAAGGUUGGAAAUGAAUGCUCUUCUCCAACAAAAAGAACUGGAGAACGCUCAUCGGAAAGGGCUGUUGGGAAUGGAGGCACCCCUAAUUUAUUCUGGCAUUUCAGCAAACCCCAUUACAUUCCACAACAGACACAGACUACCAGAGGGUCACCUUGCCAGCGAAGCAUUCCUCCAUCGAAACACACUGGAUGAUAUAAACGCUGGCAAUAGCUUGCUAAUCACAUCCAAUCCAUACCCGCCAAUCAGCACCUUGCACAGGGACAGGAGUCGGCGAGGUGGGAGGAGGGCGGCCAGCCAGAAGAGUGUGGACAGCAACCUGAAUAAUCCCAAAGGACAAUUGGAAAGUAAGUCAACGGAACUGCCCACCGAGCCGAUGGAGAAGGAGGCUGGGGAUGAGUACGAUUCAAAGAUGGACACCUCGGCCAAACCAAACCAAACCAAAAUGGGCACCAGUUCGUCGCUGCCUCCAGUCCCAAAUAAGAACCACAAAGAGCAAGAGCUGAGGAAGCACAAGGGUAGCAAUGAAGGCUGUCUGGAAGCAGCCAACUGCAACCCUGCAUGUGGUACAACUGAGAAGGAUUUGCCCAAUAACUGUGCCGCUUUUGAUGACAAGUUUAUGUUCCCUUCUACAAUGCCUCUGCCCACGUUGCCUUAUGGCUUUCAGCUAUCAACAAAUCAAUUUAUGCCAUUAGGAUCUCACGGAAUGUUCGUACCAGGAGAGGAAAUAUCCAUUGAGGACAUCCGAAAGUGGAGUAUAGAGGAUGUUUAUAAUUUCAUCAAUAUCCUCCCAGGCUGCUCCGAGUAUGCUCAGACCUUCAAAGAUCACGCCAUUGAUGGAGAGACCCUUCCUCUACUGACAGAAGAGCAUCUUCUGGACAUCAUGGGGCUGAAGUUAGGACCUGCACUAAAAAUCCGCUCUCAGGUGUCUCGACGCAUAGGCAAUGCACUAUAUGUGAUGAACCUGCCUAUCUCUGUGCCUCUGCAGAAUGCAGUGAGUAAACCCAUAGAUCAGUCAUCGGAUCCAAUGUCCCCUUUGAAUUCCAGCGGUGGCAUUGAUCUGCCUGCGAGCCCCUGCACACAAGACCAGGAAGACCUAAAAUUGGCGGAAACGAGCACAGCGGGAAAAACAGAGCAUCCCUCUGAGGCCAACUUGUAAAACUUCAGGAACAAUUGGAUUGAAUUGUUGAGCUUGAUUCAACAUGUUUUCUUGAGAAUUUUGUUAAAUGUGUGUUGCAAACCUUAGUGACUUUUUUUUAAAAAAAAAGAAAAUUAUAGAUGGGCUCCUUUUAUCUGUAAUUCCGUUUGUAAAGCGAUGAGUCGUGAAUUGGAAACCCCCAAUAGCCUGUAGUUUGCUUCUGUUGAAAAAGUUCUCAUGAAUAUGAAAGUUAA